CCCGCCUCGCGUCACUUCCGUUUCCUCUCCGGCAGGGCGGGUAAUUCGGAAUUUUUCUUCGCGUCCCGGCAGUCCGCCUCCCGGUAGGCGCGAGCCCGGGAGCUGGCCGCGGUUGUGGAGCAUCGAGAGCGAGACAAGCGAUGUCUGAGAGGCGGACGCGGUUCGGAGGGGCCGCUCGGCGCUCCGGGCCCCAGGCCCCGUCUCUUCACAAAAGCCUCCAGAAGUCCCCGCGGAAAUCGGAUUCCGAGCCCGCGAGCUUCCUCCCCGAGAUCUGGCGGAAGGUGGGCGAGCCCUCCUGUCCUCCUGUCCCGAGUCCCCGAGGUCCCCUGGAGCAGGAGGGGGUGCUCACGCUCAGCCCUGUUCCCCAGGCGCCUCAAGGAGCUUCCACCCGAAAACCUAUCGUGUUGAAGAAGAUCGUGGCUCACGCGGUGGAGAUGCCAGCUGUCCACUCGCCUCGCCGGAGCCCACGGAUUGCUUUUCUCUUGGAGAAAGAAAACAACCCCCCACAGAGGGAACCCGCCAGGGAGGACCUCUUCAAGUCGUGCAGCGUCCCCACCACGCCGACCACCACACCGGUGCUGUGCCCACCGAGUGCCAAGUCUACCUCCAGGGAUGGGGAGCUGGAUGCCAGGGACUUGGAGAUGUCCCAGAAGGUCCGGCGGUCCUACAGCCGCCUGGAGGGCCUGGGCGCUCUUACUACCUCCACCCCAGGCCGCUGGGCCCCCUCAGGCUUCAGCGGGGCAGACGACUUGUCCAAAGUCUCGCCUGUGGUGGCUGCAAAGUCAACCGAAGUCUCCGGGGUGCCAGCCAAGCCUUGGGCCCUGGAUACAGCUCUGCCUGGAAUCUCCCCUCUGGUCCCCAAGGAGAAGCGGAAGAAGAAGAAGGUGCUGCAGAUGCUGUCUCCCGGGAGCAGACGAAGAGCCUGCUGCCAGUCAAUUCCCAGGCUGGCUGAGAAGGCUGUAGAAGCACAAGCUCCCAUGAGACCAACUGCACAGUCACUUUGCAAAGCCAAGCAGAGCCUGGACAUGGAGGUGGAGCCCACCGUCACAUUCCUGCUCACACUUCUGAACACGCCUGAGCCCGUGGAGCCCAAACUGCCCGAAGUAGACUUGGAGAUCCAAGAGAAGCGGCUCUUGGAGCCUGAAGACUUGGGCUGCCAGCAGGCCUCGCAGGAGAUCAGGUGUUUGCAAGAGGAUUGCAGGAGGCUUCGGGAGGCACUAAAAACCACCCAAGCGGACAACCUGGCCCUGGGGGAGAAGCUGCAAGGCCUGGCCACCUCACUGUAUAACAGCCUAAAGGUGGGAGCAGAGGCCAUCCAGGCAGAAGUAAGGUCCAUCCAGGCAGAAGUGAUGGCGGGUCAGGAGGAAGGAGUGGUGACUGCAGAGGCCAUGCCUUCGGAAACACCAGAUCAACCAGCUCCAGUGGCGGCCCGGGAGAGUCACCUGCUCCUCAGCCUGCAGCCUCCCAGCUCCCACAGGGCUGCACAGCUCGUCCUGCUGCCCGACAUGCGCCUAGACACCAGGUCAGGGCCAAGACACCAGCUGGGUCCAUCCAACCCUCCCUAACCCCAGCAAUAAACUUUCCAGAAGCGCA